CCUCAUUCAUUUGCAGAAAAAAAACUCUAUUCUUAAAGACGCAGGCGAGCGUAACGUAUCCAUGAGAGAGCUUGAAGAAAAAAAGUAACGGAGUGCUUCGACUUGAUCCGAGUCUGAGGGCAGGAUAGUCCGACUGUGCGCAGAGAGUGGGCUCUGUCUGCGUAAAGAUCCACAGACUACAGAGACAGACUGAAAUUUACAUUAGCAGAGCUACUUUUAAAGCCGUCCACGCUUCAGACCUAUUUGAUUGCUCAUGCCUGCCACUGAUUAGGAGUUUAUUAAAAGGUGGGCCAAAUUCUGUCUCUUGCGCACAACAGGAAAAGUGACAUUUGAGCAUCCAAGUGUGCGUGCGUACGUGUGUGUGUGUUUUAACAGUAGCUUUUCUGGGAGUCAUGGCCAAGUUAUUUCGAGCUGCUAUCAUGGGUCCACCGGGAUCAGGAAAAGGAACGAUAUCCAAGAGGAUUGCGCAAAGUUUUGGCCUGCAAUAUCUGUCCAGUGGUCAUUUUCUACGAGAGGGCAUAGCGGCAAAAACAGAGGCAGGCUUGCUGGUGAAGACCUAUGUUGAUAGGAGCAUGCUGGUGCCUGACCAUGUGAUGACUAGCUUGAUGCUGCCCAGACUGAAACAGCUGAGCAAUCACAGCUGGCUGCUGGAUGGUUUCCCCCGCACCCUUGAGCAGGCUCUGGCUCUCAACAGUUUGUAUCAGCUAGACUUGGUCAUCAGCCUUAACAUCCCCUAUGAGACUCUCAAGGAGAGACUGAGUGACCGGUGGAUCCAUCCAGCGAGUGGUAGAGUCUACAACAUGGGCUUCAACCCUCCACGACUGCAGGGUAAGGAUGACAUCACAGGAGAGCCGCUGAUUCAGCAUGACGAUGACAAGCCAGAAGCUCUGAUGGCCAGACUGAGACAAUACAAAGAAGUGGCAAAACCCGUCAUUGAUUUAUACAAGUCACAAGGAAUCCUGCACCCAUUUUCCGGUACAGAUACAGAUCGGAUUUGGCCUUAUAUCAAUUCUCUCCUCAGCACCAAGAUGGACAUACAGCCAUCAGAUGCCUGCCAACCUCAGACACCCUGACUCUACCCUUAAUGAAAAGACCAAAGGGAAGGGGGAGGAAGUGCAGUGAUGCCUUUACUUGCCUGCCUAGUGUCAGCUUUCAGUUUCAUCAUUAAGAGUGAGAUUUAGAGCAGUAGGCUAGGACUGACACACAUGUUUCUGAUUCAGUGACUAGCUGAUUUUCCAAAUGGAGGGUUGUGUGGAAAUAUUUAAAGAGACAUACUGAAGAUGGUGACAAAUCCUAACAGUCAAAUAUUGAGAUCAAUCAAGGCAAUAAAAAAACUGACAUUUUUUGAAAUCCACAUUUUACACAACCUCUUUCAUCAAGCAGUUUAUUACACAUGAAUUUUUUUCUUCAGUUAUUCCGAUCCACAAACUGAAUAAGCCAAAAACAGAAAAAGUAAACAUAAAUGCAGGAUUUCUUUGAUAGUUUUAAUGACAUUUAAUUGGAAACCAAAAUGCAGGAGGAGUAAUUCAGAGCAUUAUUUAUGUGACACUGAAGUGUAUAAAAUGACUGUUUUUUUUUUUUUAAUGAAGAUAACACUCUAUUUACAUGAUCAAAAUGCUUAGAUUUUUUGGUUUCAUAUAUAAAAACAUAAUUUGGAUACAAUUUUUUCCUCAUAGACUACAAACAUGGUAAAGCCUGUGUGCUCUUUAAUAUGCAGCUAGAAGUCAUCUGUUACAUAUAAAGCUGUUUUUAUUUCUUCAAAUGCAUCUGUGAUUGUAUAAUAUAUCCAUCAAUUACAUAAACAGUGCACACUGUCUAAAA